CUGACGUUGACUAUAACCAUCACAUAACCUUUCCGAGACUCUUCCCCUCCAUGCGCCCAACAAGUGAAGCAUCGGGCAUCUCCUAUCGUGCUCUGGACCACACCACGGAUGCCUUUCGUCUUUUAUAUAUCAGACCCCCCGAAGGCGAACCCUCCUCCCCCCACAGCGACCUCGUCACUACCGAGCUCCAGUAUCAUUGUCUCAGCAAUGCUCCUCCUUUCACUGCUCUGUCGUACUGCUGGGGCCUGGCCGCCACCCAAAGCUCCAUCGUCAUCGACGGCGCCGUCCAGCGGUGCGGCCUCAACGGCGAGCUCGCCCUCCGGCACCUCCGUGGGGCCGAGGGCGUCCACGUCUGGAUCGACCAGCUAUGCAUCAAUCAGGAAGACAAUGCCGAGAAGGGCCACCAGGUCCAGAUGAUGCGCCACAUUUACUCCGCCGCAGCCCGCGUCGCGGUCUGGAUGGGCCUCCCGGCCGACGACAGCGACCUGUUCCUCACCCACGUCCGCGCCAUGAGCGCCCUGAUCCGGCAGCAGAGGCACGCCGACGUCGUCCGGGCCCACACCGACAUGGCCUUUCUGCGGAGGGUGUCGCACGCCUUCCGCGCCUUCUGCGAGAGGCAGUACUGGACGCGGCUCUGGAUCAUCCAGGAGUUCGCCGUCGGCGCCGAGAUCGACGUGCUCUGCGGCCACGCGUCGGUCGGGUACGCGGACCUGCGGGGGUUCCUCGUCUUCCUCAACAAGGUGUACGACCACUACCCGGCGAUCCAGGCCGAGGGGGGCCCGCCACUGAUGAUGACUCUCCUCGAGAUGCUGCGCGGCUUCAAGACCCCGGCCAACAGCUUCCUCGAGGGCGUCCUCACCCGGCGGCGCAGGUACCAGCUCCGACACGGCGGCGCUCCAGUCACUGCGGCGACGACGACGACGACGACGACGCAAGCGACACCCCAGGUGCUCGGGGACGUCGAGCGGGCCAUGGCGGGUGACAGCGAAAGCCUCUUCGCAGUGCUGGUGACGACGCUGGUGCUAGAGAUCGACUACAACCACACGCAGGCGACGGACCCGCGCGACCGCGUCUUCGCCGUGAUGCACUUCGCCGACGACGUCGACGAGUUCGAGGGCCUCCCGGACUACAGUCUCGGCUGCGAUGAAGUGUACCGGACCGUGGCCCGGCGCAUCCUGAUGCAGGGCAACAUCGACCUGCUCUCGUACUGCCAGUUCCCGCGCGAGGCGCCGUCGCUGGCGACGUGGGCGCCCGAUUGGCAGACGGGGAUCAAGCGGCCCAACGUCGGGAACCCGUGGCUGUCCAAGUUCGACGCCUCCGCCUCCGCCUCCGCCUCCUCGCUGCCCUGGAAGCAGCUCGUCGUGGCCCCGGACGCGGAGACGGUGCAGCUGCGCGGGGUACUCGUCGACGCUGUCGCGGAGACCGGGAGUGACGCCUGGGACCCGAACUGGGUCGAGGAGCUGGACGGCGGGGCGGCGCUCGCGUUCGUCGACGAGGUCGGCCGCCUCUGCGAGAAGUCGCCGCUGUUUGGCGACCGGAUACGGGCGCGGGACCUGAAGGACGUGAUGCGCAUCUGCAUCGCGGACCGGUACCACUACCGAGAGCCCGAGAGGCAGGCGGAGCUGCUAGAGGGCUUCGCGCAGGCGGAGCUGUGGAUGAGGAGAGACGUCGGCGAAGCCAGUUCCGGGGCAGAUAUGGGCUUGCAGAUGAGCGACUCGCUCGGUUGGCAGCAGCCGUGGUACGUCACGGCGAUGAAGAACCUCCAUGGGCGGCGGCCGUUCCUCUCAGUGUCCGGGUACGUCGGGCUGGCGCCGAAGCACGUACAGCCGGGAGACAAGAUUGUCGUAUUCCUGGGCGGGAAGACGCCGUACAUCGUGCGGGACAACACAGGGGCCGCUGGUUAUUGUGAGCUGGUCGGGGAGGCGUACGUGCAUGGCAUCAUGUUCGGCGAGGCCAUGACGGACGACUGCGAGGUCAGGGAGUUCUUGUUGCGAUGAG